AUGGAAAUCUAAGCUAUUGAGCAUAAUGAACUUACAGUUAGAUUCCAUUUUAUAGAUAAUAAAAACUAAGAAAUUCCUAAUUUGACUUUGGAAUCAAAGUAUCACAGUUUCAAGGCAGAUUUAAAACUAGAUAUUUUAGUUAAAGGAACUUGUUAGCUAAUAUACUGUUCCAUUUCACCAAUUUUAACAAUAGUAGCAAUUUUUUUAUAGAAUUUUGUAAAUGUCUAUUAUGUAACAUCAACUAAGAAUCCGGUUCUCAUCAGUGCUUUUGCCGUAGGUACUACGUUUCUUAAUUUGUUUGGCUAUCAUGUGAUGUUUGCUUUCAAUAAUAAUUUGAUUGCCUUAAUUUCUUAAGCUCAUGGAGCGAAAGAUCCUUAUGCAGUUGGUAUCCACUUUCAAAGAGGUCUGCUAUUUUAAUUUCCUCUUUUUAUUUUUCUUUUAAUUGCUAUCUACUUAAUUGAUUGGAUAAUGAUGAUUUUUGGAUAGCAUCUAGAAUAAGAAGUAUACUAAAAUGCUAAGUUAUUUGUUUAAUGGAGUGCUGUUAGUGUUCUCUUAUAAGGAAUAUAUGACGUUGGAAGGAUUUACCUAUGUGGCUAAAAUCACUUUGGACUACCUUUUUACAUAAAAUUAGUUAUAACUUUUGUUAAUAUAUUUUUAGCCGACACUCUUAUUGAUAAGUAUGGGUUAGUAGGAUUAGCAUUUGCAAAAAAUAUUGGCGAAUUUGUAGGUGUUAUAUUGCUUUAUGUGUUCAUAUCUAAGCUUGACUUGAGGAGUUGGAUUUCACCUUCAAUUUAAAUGUGGACUAAAUGGUGGGAUUAUUUUAAAUUCAAUUUCUCAGGAGGUCUUGCUCUUUACCUCCAUUACUUAUAUAUGGAAAUUUUAACAGUAUUUGUCUCAAACCUAAAUGAUAAAUCAGCACUGAAUGCACAUUUUUCAUUCCUCAAUUUGAGACCUCUUCUCUUUGCUAUACCUUUAGGAACUUCUGUAUCUGUCACUAGCUUUGUCGGCUAAUCUAUAGGAGAAAAUGCUAAGAAGAAAGCAUAAACAGCUUCAUUAAUGGGAGUUAUAGCUUGUAAUAUCUAUUUUUUAAUUUAAAUGGCUUUUGGCUACUGGCUAUCUGUGCCUUUAAAGUAAUUCCUUUCUAUUUCUGAUGAAAACGAAGUUGUCUAAUUUGAUAUAAUUUUUAACCUUUAUAUAUUUUUUAUAAUCUACGUUGAGAGCCAUUAAUUUAUGUUUACUGGAAUAAUGAAAGGUUGUAGCUAGCUAAAAUAAAAUUUGACAUUCUAUUUAGUAGGUUUCUACUUUAUUGGUAUCCCUUUAGUAUAUAUCCUGGGUAUCUUUACUUCACUGAGAUUGCAAGGAAUAUGGAUUUCGUAUCUUACCUCAAAUGUGAUAGUUUGUAUUUUUUAAAUUAUGUUUUUCUUGCGUAAAGAUUGGGAUGAUUUCCUAAAAGAUAUUGGAGUAGAUUUGGAUAAAGAAUUUGAAUUACCUCUAAUUGAUUUUGACAACAAUAAACAGAUACACGAUUCAAAUAAUAAUUAUUAACAUGAAGAAACUAAACUCUUAUAAGAGUAGAAUUAUUCCCCUCCAUCAUAUGAUAAUGCCUAGUAUAAUUCAGGUUCUUAACUCUUAACGAAAUGA